GAGGCAGCGGCACUGCAGCGGCUUUCUCGCCUGCGUUCACACCUGCUCGUCCUACGCAACCCACACCCACGAUGAAUGUCAAGGAUCUAUUGAUACUGUGUCUUGCCGGAGCCCUGUUAUGUCUGGACGUCUCCUCGUCGCCUACACCACCAACAUUGCGCGAUACGCACCCCCGACCUCUCGUCAUCUGGCAUGGCCUCGGUGACUCUUAUGCUUCGCCCGGAAUUCUCGAGUUCAUCGCGAGAGUGAAGGAUAUGCAUCCUGGGAUUUUCGUGCACUCUAUAUAUGUGGACCAGAACCCGGAGGAAGACACAAGAGCUACGUGGUUUGGAAACGUCAAUGAGCAGUUGGAGCAGGUCUCUGAGCAACUUGCGAAUCACACCGAGCUGAAUGGUGGCUUUGAUGCUAUCGGUUUCUCGCAAGGCGGACAGUUCCUACGCGCAUACGUGGAGCGCUACAAUACUCCGCCAGUACACAACUUGAUCACUUUCGGCGCACAACACAUGGGUAUCUCAGACAUACCCGGAUGUCGCCCGCUGGACGUCGUAUGCCAGCUCGCACGUCGAGCCGCGCAAGGCGGCGUCUACACGGACUGGGCUCAGAAGAACCUUGUUCAGGCGCAAUAUUAUCGUGACCCUGCACGCCUGGACAUGUAUCUCGCCUCCAACCAAUUCCUGGCCUCCAUCAACAACGAAUUGCCAGACACCGCAAACAGCACCUACAGCGACAAUCUCGUCUCGCUGAACAAGCUGGUACUUGUGCUCUUCCUGCAGGACAAAACGGUUGUUCCGAAGGAGAGCAGCUGGUUCGGAUCCUACGCGGUGCCGGACAACGGGACGAAUGCGAAGACCAUCGUGCCGAUGCGCAUGCAACCCCUUUAUCUCGAAAACUGGAUUGGGCUGAAAACCCUGGACCGGCGCGGCGACGUCAUCCUCGAGACCUGCGAGGGCGAGCACAUGCAGCUGUCUGAUGAUUGCUGGCUGCCUCUUGCAAAGAGGUUUGUCGGAGGCCUUGUCGAGGAUACCCGCGAGGUUUUGCUUGUCCAGUGAUACCUCGACUGUAUGCGCAUAAAAUAUCGAGAUACCUCCUCUGUAUAAGUUGUAGUAUGUAUGUAUUGUAUCUUGUUCUGAUGGUCGUGACUGGUACGUUGCAUCAGAUCAUAAUGUCGUUAACAGGCAUCUCCAUGGUUCCUUCCAGCAAUUGAUCCAGAACG